AUGAACUUCAGCAAUCCUUACAGCACGGUGCAGAAGCUGACUGAGAAGUACGGGGACAUCUUCAGCUUACAUAUGGGUGGUAUAUGUUAUGUCUUCAUAAAUGGGCUCCGGGUAUUUAAAGAAAUUCUCGUAAUCCAAGGAGAAAACUUCAUGGAUCGUCCUGACUUUCCUAUCAAUAAGGAUGUCUUCAGCAGUAUGGGUGGGUUACUUGUCAUCUCCAACGGGCACUUGUGGAAGCAACAGAGGAGGUUCACCUUGACCACCCUCCGAAACUUUGGCCUGGGGAAGAGGGGCCUGGAGGAACGCAUCCAGGAGGAGUGCCGAUGCCUCGUGGAGGUGUUUGGGGAUGAGCAGGGUAAUCCUUUCAACCCUCAGCUGAAAAUCAGCAAUGCUGUUUCAAACGUCAUCUGCUCUGUCACCCUUGGGGAUCGGUUUGACUACCAAGAUGAGGAAUUUCAGAAACUGCUGCAUCUGCUGGACGAGACAUCUAGGCUUUCUGCCACGAUCAUGAGCCAGCUGUACAAUGCUUACCCAUUUAUAAUAAAGUUUUUGCCUGGCUCACACCAAACCAUCUUUAAAAAUGGAAGGUGGCUGAGAAGUUUUGUGAAAGAGAAGAUUGACAAACACAAGGAGGACUGGAACCCCUCGGAGAGCCGGGACUUCAUUGACAGCUACCUGCAGGAGAUAGCCAAGGACACCAGCGACAGCAGCUUCCAGGAGGAAAACCUCGUGGCCUGUGUGCUCGACCUGCUGUUUGCUGGGACCGAGACCACUUCCACCACCCUCCGCUGGGCUCUGCUGUACAUGGCCCUGCAUCCAGAAAUUCAAGGGAAGCGUGCCUGCCUGGGCGAGGUGCUGGCCCGCUCUGAGCUCUUCCUCUUCUUCACGGCUCUGCUCCAGAAAUUCACCUUCCAGGCACCCCCGGGCAUCACACUCAGCAUCCAGUCUGUCCAGUUGGGAAUCACAAUGGCCCCAGAGCCCUACAAGAUCUGUGCCGUGCCUCG